AUGUCUUCACAAUCAGACUCCUCAGAUGCCUUCAAGAAGAUCAGGGAUUCUAAGUAUAAGUUGGUUAUUUCCUCAUCGUCUUCUGAUUCUUCUGAAGAUGAAAGCAUCCACCCAACUUCCCGACUACGAACCUCGGAACUGGUCAGAAUGGCCAGAAGGAGAAGAAACCGCGAGUUCAGAGAUGAAAAGGAUCUUCGCAAAGAAAUUCUUCACGAUUCCGUUGUCAAAAAGGUCUGCCGGUACGAGAAAGAGUGCUCCGAAACUCGAAAGAAGAGACAGGAUGUUAUUAAGGAGCAGAGAAGCCAGAUGACGAAGGGAUCCGAGAAGAGGAAACACCAGAUGACAACGGAGGAGACCGAUUCCACGAAGACUCCUGACGCUGCAGAAUUACACGGAUCGCCAGCCAAACAGCAGAAGACAUCUACCACCGACGCUUAUGAUGUUCGACAUGAAGUCCUUCUUCCAACGUCUUGA